AUUUUCUUCUCCACUAUCCCGUUUUAUCUCUCAUCAUCGCAUCAUGAAUUUCGAGGAAAUCGAGGACCAGGACGGAAUCCGGUUCUCAUUUAACGCAUGGCCCGCAUCACGCCUUGAAGCCACUAGGACAGUGGUUCCCAUCGCGGCCCUUUAUACGCCGCUCAAGGAGCGUGAGGACUUGCCUCUGAUCUACUAUGAACCCGUCACUUGCAAACAACAUACCUGCGGGGCUAUUCUUAAUCCUUAUUGUCAAAUCGACCCAAGAGGGAAACUUUGGAUUUGCCCUUUUUGCUUGCACCGCAAUCAAUUUCCCCCUCAUUAUCGCGACAUCUCGAACACCAAUCUCCCUGCUGAAUUGCUCGCAAAGCACACGACUAUCGAGUACACGCUGGCGAGGAGCGCUCAAGUUCCGCCCAUCUUCCUGUAUGUAGUGGACACUUGCAUCGAUGAGGAUGAUCUCAAGGCAUUGAAAGACUCUUUAGUCGUCAGUUUGAGCUUAUUGCCCCCACAUGCUCUUGUCGGUCUGAUUACUUACGGUACUAUGACACAAGUUCACGAACUGGGUUAUGGCGAAUGUCCCAAGUCGUACGUUUUUCGUGGAAACAAAGAUUACACAUGUAAGCAGAUUCAGGAGAUGCUAGGGCUUACAGCCCUUGCAAUGCGCCCCCAGCAGCCUGUUAGGCCAGGGCAGCCAGCUCCUUUCGCACCCACUGGCAACUCUCGCUUCCUACUUCCUAUUCAGCAGUGUGAGUACACUUUGUCCUCAAUUCUCGAGCAACUUCAACGUGAUCCUUGGCCCGUUGCAACCGACAAACGCCCACAACGCUGCACCGGUGUUGCUAUGAGUGUUGCGGUUGGACUUUUGGAAGCUACAUACCAGAACAAUGGCGGUCGCAUCAUGCUCUUCGUUGGUGGUGCUGCAACCGAGGGCCCUGGAAUGGUUGUUGGGACAGAUCUCAAGGAACCUCUGCGAUCCCACCACGACAUUGAGAAGGAGAGUGCAAAACAUUACAAAAAGGCGUCCAAGUUCUAUGAAGCAUUGGCAAAAAGGACUUCUACCAAUGGACAUAUUGUAGACAUCUUUGCAGGUUGCUUGGAUCAAGUCGGGUUGCUAGAGAUGAAGUCAAUGGUCAAUUCGACCGGCGGUUUCAUGGUCUUAUCUGACUCUUUCACAACUGCUAUUUUCAAGCAGAGCUUCCAAAAAAUGUUUGAGAAGGACGCGGAGGGCAAUCUUAAAAUGGGCUUUAAUGCGACGCUUGCAGUGCAGACCACUAAGGAGCUCAAGAUCUGUGGAUUGAUCGGCCAUGCAGUGUCAUCCAACAAGAAGACUGCAUCUGUAGGAGAGACAGAGAUCGGAAUCGGUAACACAUCAGCAUGGAAGAUGUGUGGUGUCUCUCCAAAGACAACUAAUGGCAUUUACUUUGAAGUGGUUAAUCAACAAGGACAGUCUCUUCAGCCUGGAUCGCGCGGCCUCAUUCAAUUUGUGACGCAUUAUCAACACUCGAGUGGACAUUUCAAGCUUCGUGUCACCACAGUUGCACGUAGCUGGGCAGAAGGAAAUAGCCCCAUUAUUGCUCAAUCUUUCGAUCAAGAGACCGCUGCCGUACUUAUGGCUCGUAUUGCUGUCUUCAAGGCCGAAAUUGAUGAUGGUCCGGAUGUGCUACGCUGGUUGGACAGGAUGUUGAUUCGUUUAUGCCAAAAAUUUGCAGAAUAUCGCAAGGACGAACCUCAAUCAUUCCGUCUCACAGAGAACUUUUCGAUCUAUCCUCAAUUCAUGUUCCAUUUGCGUCGUUCUCAAUUUUUGCAGGUUUUCAACAACUCUCCUGACGAGACCGCCUACAAUCGCCACGUCUUGAAUCGUGAAGAUGUCAAUAAUUCACUCAUCAUGAUCCAACCAACACUUAUGUCAUAUGGAUUUGAAGGCGAGCCUCAACCAGUUUUACUUGAUAGCGUCUCGGUCAAGCCUGAUGGAAUUUUGUUGUUGGACACAUUCUUCUACAUCCUUAUCUUCCAUGGCGAAACAAUUGCUGCAUGGAGGAAGGCUGGCUAUCAUGAGCAACCAGGAUAUGAAAACUUUAAGGAACUGCUGGAAGCGCCAGUAGUCAGUGCACAGGAAUUGCUAGUAGAGCGCUUCCCCAUCCCCCGCUACAUUGUAUGCGACCAAAAUGGGUCCCAGGCUCGUUUCUUAUUAUCAAAGCUUAAUCCUUCAACUACACAUGUUUCAGGAGGACAGUACGGUGGUGUUCCUCAAGGCCAGGCUAUCUUUACUGAUGAUGUUUCACUCCAAGUCUUUAUGGAGUACCUGAAGAAGUUGGUGGUUGCUGGUACAUCUUAGAGCACCCCAUCGUAUACUAUUGCAUGGAAUGAAAUCAUCCUUUUUCUAUUAGCCGAGCGAAUGUUCCAAUUAACCUUAUUAAAAAGCUGUUUAAUCUAUGUUGUCC